UGGUAGCACGCGCAGUGACCUGCUGCGGCCGCUGGGGGAUGAUCAAGGUCUGCCGGCUCUGCACGGAGAACGCCCGACGCGACGGCGCGAAGCUGCUCCACAAGAAAAGCACGACACACGAGCAAGACUGCGCGGCAGACAGAUGCGCUGGUCUCUGGGUUAACCCAAGGCUAUUACACAUGUCAUACCCAAACUUUCAAUCAUCACGUUUCCUGACCGCUGUCCUUCUGCCAAAGCCAACCUAGUCUGUUGCAGACGGAACAGAAAUUCUGUGAUCCAGACUCGCCGGAGGGGAAGAGGGCAGACUGGGAGCAUCGGUUUCUACCAUCAGCCUCCCUUCCACUCUCCUCCCCAAAAAAAGCCAUUCAGGAGAGACUGCGGACAAGCAAAGACCCCUAAUGCCUGCAUACUUUCAUACUGUGUGCGCUUUCCAUAUGGGCACCAAGUCAACCCAGGUGACUACCUGAACCCCAGUAUUCGACAAGUAGGAUUAUUCUCCAGUGACUUCACAGCCCAGGCUGUCCAAAGCCCUGUCACCUCAGCUGCAUCCAUAACAUGCGGCCUGCAGAGCCUCCGAAAGAACAGAGUAUCUUAUGAAGUGUCAACAAUGAAGUCAUCGCAGCUUUAUAUGAGAGGACUCUGCAAGACAGCUAUCUGGAGAUAUUACCUUCAAAGAUAAAAUGACUUAACUCGUCCAAUAUGUCGUGACAAUGUGAAAGGAGCAAGGAGACAAACCACUAAGUUACUGAAAAAAGUAAAACUUCUAUGACUUCAUCAGUUUCGCCCAAACAGGCAAACAGGUGUCAACCUGCAAUUCAAAAAGAGUUAUUAGGUAGUAAAAAGCAAAUACUAUCUGUACAAAAAGACCCUUUUAUGGGGGCAUCAUUUAAACUGUGUAAGAGGUGAAACCACCAGUGAAGAAACGAAAUGGAGUUUGCGAUGGUGGGUGCAGACAGUGGCGGGUGCAACAGUCACCUUCCUUACGGCUAUGCCCAGGCUCGCGCCAGGGAACGGGAGCGCGAGAAGGAGCGACAGUCGCGGGCGGCUGCCGAAACCGGGGAAGAGGGUGAAGAAGGAGGGGGCCAACCGUACAACCAGCAGCAGCAGCAGCAGCAGCAUCAGUCUUGCGCCGCCUCCUCAUCGAAUGCCAACAACAGUAGCGGCGGGAACGCCUCGUGCCCCUCCUCCUCCUCCUCAUACUCACAACAGCCGCAGCAGCAACACCACGAGCCACAACAGCAACUUCUCAGAGAACGGAAAAAGAAGCGAGGCGUCGCGCGGUGGAGGAGAAACCGUGCGGCUCUCGGAGGAGACUUGCGCCACUCGGAGUUGGCGCUUCUCGGAUCGGAGGAGGACAUUAUGAUAGAGGAGGAGGAGGCGGAAGGCGAAGAGGAAGAGGAGGAGAGGGGAAGCAAGAGACACAGCUUCAUUUAUAACAUGGAUGAUGAAGAGGAGACUAUCUCUCUUACUGACAGGCGUCCACAGUCAGGAUAUGAAAAUGUUUACAGUGAGUAUGGCUGCUGCGAGAGAGUUAUGAUCAACAUAUCGGGUCUAAAGUUUGAGACCCAGUUAAAGACUCUCGCUCAGUUCCCGGACACUCUCCUGGGGGAUCCCGAUAAGCGAAUCAGGUAUUUCGACCCUCUUCGAAACGAAUACUUUUUUGACAGGAACCGACCAAGCUUCGAUGCCAUUCUGUACUAUUACCAAUCAGGGGGGCGAUUAAAGAGACCCGCUAAUGUUCCAUUUGACAUUUUUUCCGAGGAGGUUAAGUUCUAUGAACUAGGAGAGGAGGCAAUGCUGAAGUUCCGAGAGGACGAGGGCUUUGUGAAGGAGGAAGAGAAACCACUACCAGAGGACGAAUUCAAACGUCAAAUUUGGCUCUUGUUUGAGUACCCUGAGAGCUCCAGCCCAGCGAGAGGCAUUGCAGUUGUGUCCGUUUUGGUAAUUGUUAUAUCAAUUGUUAUUUUCUGCUUAGAAACAUUGCCAGAGUUCAGGGACGACAAGGAAUUUCACACUCCAGGUACUAAUUCGUCACAUGUUGACAAUGGAUUUACACCUUUCAACGACCCGUUUUUCAUUGUGGAGACAGUAUGCAUCAUUUGGUUUUCCUUUGAGAUCAGCGUGCGCUUCUUUGCCAGUCCGAGUAAAACUGCGUUCUUUCAAAACAUUAUGAACUCAAUAGACAUUGUUUCCAUUUUGCCUUAUUUCAUCACGCUGGGUACUGAUCUGGCCCAACAACAAGGCAAGGGAGACCAGGCCAUGAGUUUCGCCAUCCUCCGAAUAAUUCGACUGGUCAGAGUAUUUCGUAUAUUCAAACUUUCACGGCACUCAAAGGGACUACAAAUCCUCGGACAUACGCUUCGCGCGAGCAUGCGAGAGCUGGCUUUGCUAAUUUUCUUCCUCGUCAUUGGCGUCAUUCUCUUCUCUAGCGCGGUGUACUUCGCCGAGGCGGAUGAGCCCGCGUCUCAAUUCACCAGCAUCCCCGACGCUUUUUGGUGGGCGGUUGUUACCAUGACAACGGUGGGUUACGGAGACAUGAAACCCAUAACGGUCGGUGGCAAGAUAGUGGGCUCGCUCUGUGCCAUUGCGGGCGUCUUAACCAUAGCCUUGCCAGUUCCUGUUAUAGUGUCUAAUUUCAACUACUUCUAUCACCGAGAAACGGACAACGAGGAUCAAACACCUGUCGUGGAAACCCCCCCGCCGAUCUGCCCAUACUUCCCGGACUUCUUCAAGAAAUUCAAGGGAUCCCCGUCAGGCUCCUCGUUAGGUGACAAGGCGGCCGAGUAUAUGGAGAUGGAGGAGGGAGUCACGGAAUCUCUAUGCGGCUUGGACAAGAGCCCCAGUAAAGGCAACGGUACAGACAUAAGUCGAAAAAACAGUACGACCUCGAGGACACUACAGACAGACGUGUGACCAUAACAUGCAAAAAUGACAAAUACCUUUCUCUAAUAGAUGUCAUGGUGAGGAUUGCACAACAUUUUAUUUUCCUUCCAAACAGCACACACGCUCUCGAGCGCACCGGGCACUCCUGCGCGUCACGCGUACAGCUCCCAGCAAAGCAUCCCAGCACACACACACACACGCACGCACACACACACACACACACACACACACACACACACACGAUUUAGACUAUAAAUACACGUGGCGACGUUUGUAGAAAAGAGACUAAAAAGGCAACGCAAAAAUCACCAGCUUUAUGUUACUUGAAGAGAUGUAAACAUAUAUUGACGCGUUCAAAUUCGAAAGAAUUCUAGAAAUGUACCUAUUUUUACCUGGAACGAACACAAGUACUAUUUUGCAUAGGCACUUUAUGGUUUGAUAGGAAUAGGGAAGCAAUCUUAUAGUUCUGCUCUUAUGCAAUACAUUAUAAAUAGUUUGCACUACCAUGAUCAACACGUAUCUGGCCCCGACAAGGGCGUAGAUGGACAAAAAACUGGAAAGGCACGGAGGAAAAGAGGCAAUUCAAUUUCAAAUUAGCUGCAAGCUAGUGAAACAGUGGCGGUGACAGGCCGGUCAUUUAUGGCUUUAAGUUGGAGAAAACCUCUGGGAUAUCAAGUAGACCUGGCCGUCAUUAGAAUUAUGCGUAGCUGUGACUGCCUUGACAGUUUAAUUUUUUUCUUAGGUGUUCCAGGGAAUUGUUUCAUAAACCCUUUUUAAAACACCUGCCUUUAAGCUGCUAAAAACGGUUGCUAGCGCUCAAACUAAUUGCAUAUUAGUUCUGUAGUAUCAACAUAACCCAUUAAUGAUACAAUUUUUUGUUUGACCAAACAAAACGUAAUUUAACACAUACACCAAUACCACAACAACACUGCACAUUCUGUCCAAUAAUAAUGGGCCUCCUGACAUAGUCUGAGAUUAAAUGUCACUAUUGUCCACAAACAUCCGAAGUUACAGACAGCAAAGCCAAUGACACAGUAUAUUUGUAGUUGAAGUGAAGCGAUGUGGAUGGAUCUUUUCCUGGGAACGCGGGGGGGGGGGGGCUGUGUGGUUAUUUGAAACUCCCGUGGGAUUCUUCAACAAGAGGUUUGUUUAACACAACUGAAAUAUACCCGUCCCUUUAAAAGAAUGACAUUGCAUCCCUUUAUAAGAACUAUGAGGAAGACAGCAAAUUGACACAUGGAAACGCAGGCUUUUGUGAACGAUGUUCCUCUCUUUUCUGUGGACUUCGUGCGCAGCUUCAUAAGAGGACUCUUGGACGUCUGGCGAGCACAGAUUUCACAGGACUAGGCGAAGGGCGAAGUGCAAUGAGCCACCUGUCCAAGAGUGCAUCUCGUCACAACGUUCCCCCGAGGUACCGGAUGGUGUUGUUUUUUGAGGCUCCAGAUGACGUUCCGUAAGGAGAAGGACGUUUGGCCCGCAAACUGACUCAAAGGAACCGCCUGCUUUUCUGUCCCCUGGGUCAAUGAGGACUGACACGGUGAUGACGACACACCUACAGACCUCUGCGAACAUCUGGAAAUUGACUCUGGGGGACACAGAGGAGGGACGUUCAUUACGAUCAGAUCAGAAGGAGCAGGAGAGGAGGAGAGAGGAGAGGAGAGGAGAGAGGAGAGGAGAGACGAAGGGGCUGGGAUACAGUGCUUGGCCCAAAUGAAUGCCUUAAUUAUUUAUGAACACCUCUACAAGAAGUGAUGAAACUGCAGACUUGUUUCAAAAGAAAAACAACAAAAAUGUGCAACAUGUUUUUCUUUUUAUUUGUUUGUUUUUUUAGUUUUUUUUCCCUUUCCAUGUGAAUCCAGUGUCUUGUAAGAAAAACAGAUGUGAAUAUUUGAAUAUAAUAGAGACUAUUGUUGGGUUAUGGUAUUUGACAUGGUAACAUUUCUGUUUUAGUUUGGUUUGUUCCUUCUGUAUUGCAGGGUUGGCCAUAUUGGAAGAAAUUAGCUGCUUCCUAGUUGCCAACACAGUAACAGUUACGCUUCUCUUUCUCUCUCUCUCUCUCUCUCUCUCUCUCUCUCUCUCUCACACACACACACACACACACACACACACACA